GUUGCCUGGGCUAGCGGUCGCGGACCACACUCGGACGUGCGUCGUGCGUUGCGCGAGAUACUCUGUCCUUGCGUACCUCUCUCGCUCGCUCUGGCCCUGGGGUGGAGGUAAUGCACGGUUUGCACGGUCCGGCUGGGGAGCAACGGGCGCACUGAUAAGCGGCUUGCGGUUCGAGCGCACGGCAGACAACGAUUUCCGUCACUCGCCUCCAGCAAGGAGUUGAAACAACAUCCGCUGCAUCAGCAACGUAUGAGCUACCUUUAGAUUGUGUGUCGCGUCGGUGUCGGUGGUAAACAGCAAAACAGCAAUCCCGCCGAGUAGACAUCAACAAGGCGCGAAAUUGGAAAACAACAACUAGGGACCGCUGCUGCGGCGCGCUACAUCAGCCAAGCACAGGUGUUGCCAGCCUUCCGGUAUCGUAGGGACAGUGGACAGCAGAAUGGAUGUCGUGUACACGUCCGACAGCUGCGACAGUGAUUCGCGCGAGCAGAAAACCGUUGACCUGGGCCAUUCGAACAAGCGGCACCUGGACGACGAUCUGUUGCGCGUGUCCAAGUCCAAGAAGCUGGCGGAAGAUAUCGAGACCGUGCUGCUGAACCACAACAAGCUGGUGCGCGUUCCGUCUUCGCUGACGGACUUUACGAACCUCCGGGUGCUGGACCUGAGCAACAACCAGCUCGAGCGGCUUCCGGACGUGAUCACGCAGUGCCAGCUGACGACGCUGAUCGUGAAGAAUAACCUUUUGACGGACAAGUCGCUACCGAAGUCGCUCCUCGCGACGGUCGGCAGCGGCCUGAAGGAGCUGAAUCUGAGCGGCAACCGGUUCGAGCACUUUCCCGAGCAGAUCGUCGAACUGCGCUCGCUCAAGUAUCUGUACCUCGGUGGCAAUCAGAUCACGAACGUGUCGAAGGACAUCUGGAAGCUGCAGCACUUGCAACUACUGUCCCUCGGUGGCAACCUGAUCAGCGAGAUUCCGGAAACCGUUGGCCUGCUGAACCAUCUGCAUGCGCUCGUCCUUUGUGAUAAUCAGAUCGAGGCGCUGCCCGCGUCCAUCGCACGCCUGGUGAACCUAAAAUCGCUGCUGCUGCACAAGAACCAGCUGCGACAUCUGCCACGGGAAAUCAUAACGUUGAAAAACCUCACCGAGCUAAGUUUGCGUGACAAUCCAUUGGUCGUGCGUUUCGUCAAGGAUAUGACCCUGAAUCCUCCCAGUCUGCUGGAGCUUGCCGGGCGUACCGUAAAAUCCAGUGCCAUUCGCUACGGGCCGGAUGAUUUGCCGCGUAUGCUGAUUGAGUACCUGCAAACUGCCAACUGCUGUGUUAACCCCAACUGCAAGGGAGUGUUUUUCGACAACCGCGUGGAGCACAUCAAGUUUGUGGACUUUUGUGGCAAAUAUCGUAUUCCGCUGUUGCAGUAUUUGUGUUCUUCCAAGUGCGUCGCCGACACGAGCUCUUCCGAUGCAGGCGCUGAACCGAGUAGCAGCAUGAUGCGUAAAGUUUUGCUCGGCUAAAAGAUGGCCCCAUGUCGACGGCAAACGUUCACCGUCUCGGAGGAUUUACCAUUCCGUCAUAUCUUCCGGGUUAUGGUGCACAAGAAUGGGAAACUUUUGGGAUGAUCUUCCAAUUAGUGCCUUCACUUCAUUGGCGACGAGAGAGUGUGUAAAUGGAUGCAGGGUGUAAAAUGAGAUUAUAGUUACAAGUGGCGGUGCCGGUCACACCAAUGAAUCGCAGGAGCAGAAAGCCAACCAUCGAACGCGGGUUAUUGUUAUUUGGAUUUGGAUUGUAGGAAAAGGACGUUCGGUGCCGAAGGGCGCUUGGAAAAUGUCGACAGACUUCUCCACUUCAAACAGCAGCAUCAUCCUUAUCGUUAGCGUAACGCAGGUGGGAAGAUAUGUGAUGUGCUCCAAGAGCAGCAAAGUAAAGGGCAAAUGAAUAGGUUAUGUUUUGUGUGGAAGGUAUAAAAGAAGAGCCGAGAUAGAAACAGCUACACCAAUGA